AUGAAUAAAGCUCUGAUAUUAAUUUUGACUGUAUUUUUAAUGAGUGGAACUAUGGCUCAAUGGGGUUAUGGUAAGCUUUUUAACUUAGCUAAAAUUCGAUGAAAAACAAAUUUUUAUGAUCAAAUACAUUUUUUUAAAAGGAACCUCGAUGAGAUUGAAAAUUCCUAAUUAGACCUGAAGAAGUUAAGUCAUUGAACUGACGCUAAGGAUUUCAAAUGUCCGAACACCUGAACCAUUAUAAACAGGAUAGUCCGAUAAUUUUCAAUACUGAUAAAUUCACCUUUAUAUAACUAAUAUAAAACAUUUAUGUCCAUCCUUUGACAACAUUUGCCUUGUAAAUUCCUCAUUCAUUUAUUGCCACGACAUCAAUUUCUCCGAUAACUAAUCAUUCCGAUAAACCUAAUGGAACAUAGCAAAAUACAAAUUCCAAAUUUCUCAACCAAUUAUUUUUUUCUACUCCAUAUCAUGAAUUUUUCCAACUUUGUUAAGUGAUUCAUUCACCUUCCACUUCCUCAAAAACAUCUGAUUCAUUCAAAGUCAGAAACUCAAAAAUACAAAAUAUCAGAAAUUGUGGCAUGUGUUGGUUGUGUGCCUACAUUUUUAACAGGAACAAAAAUUGUUAUCAGAUAGUGAUUUGCUUUUUUAAUAAUCAUAAAACAAAAUGGUAAACAAGAUUUUUGAAUGAUCAUCAGAUUUUUACAGGAAUGCCAUAUGGCGGCUACCCUUAUGGUUAUCCACCUCCACCACCACCACCAUAUUAUGGCGGAUAUGGUGGAUAUCCAGGAUACGGUUACGGUUAUGGCUACCGUAAUCCCGUGGGAAGUGCGGUUCGUGGAGCACUGAUUGGAGCAGCUUUGGGAGCAUUGGCUGGUAAAAAAUGAUAAUAAUAAAAAUAAUUUUUUCACUUUUUUUUCUAAAAUAAAUAUUUUAUUACUGUAUUUAAUAAUUAUUAGGGGAUGAAAUUGAAUGAUAAGAAACCACAAGUUUUCUCAUUCCUUAUCUUUUCACUCAGGCAUCCUCAUUCUUCUUAAUAUUACUCUUUUUCCUAUUUUUUUUGUUGAAAAAAGUUGUGUUGUUGAUUGGAAAAUGACUAAAUUGAUGUUUGGUGAUUUUGAUACACCCAGUUUGUUGGACUCACCAGGUCUAAUAUCUUGUAAAAGUUUGAGAGAAUCUAGAAGUUCGACUUCAGGAUUUGAAGAAGACGAGCCAAAAGAUGGUAUUGAGGUUUGUGUCUUCCAUAGAAAAUGAGAAAUAAAAAAUAUUUAACUUUUUUGAAGAUUUCUGAAGAAGAGAAAAAACGAAUUCGAAACACUGAAGCUGCUCGAAGAUGUCGAGAAAAAGUGAAAAAACGAACUAUCGAACUAGAAACUGUAGGUAUUUGAUUCUCUCGUUUUUCUAAUUUUAGUCAACUUUAGGAACUUCGUGAUUUGAGUAGAGCUAACAGUAUAAUGCAUCAUAAACGCCAAAAUCUAUUGUCACAGGCAAGUUGUCUACAACUGAUAAGAGUAAAACUUGGAAUACGGUAAUUCUUUUAGAUCAUACAACAAAUUGAGGAAUUGAAAGCAAUUGUAAAUAAAAAUCCUUCGGCUUAUGCAAUUGCAAGUAGAGAUUCGAUGAUUAUUGUGAAUGAAUAUGUGCAAGCGGUUAGUCUUUUUUUCAGGGGUUUUUAAAGGAGUUAAGAGAGGACCUUACUGUGAAAUUUGAAUUAUUUCUCAAGAAAGCCAAAAAAAGGACCCAAUGAAAUUAAGUUCUCAGAAAAAUCAAAAAUGAUCUGCUUUACUUCUUCAGAAUUCAUCAUCCUGGUAAGUAAAAUUCAAAAGCCCAUUUUCAAAAAAAUCUAUGUAUUAUACCCCAAGGAAAAACGAAUAAUCCUUCAAAAAAAAGCCAAAAUGUGUUAGCCCAAAAACCAAUUUUUUAUUCACCCAAAAAUAAGACAAAGAAAAAAAACAAGAUUUUGUGUCAACACAUCAAGAAGAUUUUCAUUUCAUUUCGUUUUGUUGCCAUAUUUUUCAAGAGCAACAAAACAAUUUUUCGAGGUCACGUGCAAAUGUAAUUCUCGUUUUUUUAGGUCCGCCAGAAACGACGAAAAAUUGAUGAAGAAUAUUUCAAAGAAAGCUUCUGA